AUGGAGGGCUUUGACUCACGCAGCGCCGCCUCCUUGGGAGACCUUCAACAGGGGCUGCUCCUCAAGUUGCUGGAAGGCGUGCCGCUCAAGGACCGGCACCGCUCGGUGGCGCUGGUGAGCAAGCGCUGGCUGAGGCUGAGCCGCCACAAGCGGCUGCUGAGCACGCUGGAGUUCCAGCUGCCGGGUCACGAUAUGGUGAAGCCCUUUGAGCAGCUGCUCGAGGUGCUGCCAGCCCUCAACACCAACCGCCAGCUGCUGGACCUGGCCUUCGACCUGAAUGUGCCCAUUGAGUCCACCCUGCCACCUAACCAGCUCUGGGCUGGCAUGCUGAGCAGCGUGAGGCGCCUGCACAUCAACUGCGAUCUGGGUGGCUACGUGGUGCUGGAUGCGGGGAUGGAGGGGAUGAGCAGCCUGCAGGACCUGCGGAUGGAUGUGUCGCUGCUGGAGACGACUCCCAUGUGCCGCCUCCCGCCACACCUGACCCGCCUGUUCCUCCCGGGCCCGGGCAGCAUCGACUGCCUGAACCAACAGAUGGAUAGGCUGCAGAGCCUGAAGAGCCUGCACCUGAAGGGGUUCUACUGUGCCGCUGACUUGGAGAUGCAGAACUGCAGUCAGCUGCCGGCAUGCCUGUCAAAGCUGACCCAGCUGGACACUCUAGUUUUGGACAACACACCCGGAUGGGACGGCCUUGAGGAGAAGACUGUCGCGCUGGAGGCAGCAUUGCCACCGUUGCAGCACCUCACUCAGCUGGUGCUCGAGGGCAUGCCUGGUGUGGCCCCUGCUGCACUGGGGACCCUCAGCCGGCUGCAGCGCUUUGGCGUGGAGGGAAAGAACAAUGAGAGCCUGGUGCUGCCUCGUGGUGCCUGGCUGAACAGCCUGCGCGAGGUGGCGCUGCCGCCACAAGUGUUGGCGGCGAAUGUGGGAGUCCUGUCUGGUGCCGUGGCUCUGGAACGAGUGGAUGUCGGCAGCCUGUUUGGUGCGUCUGUCAUUGCACAGACUGCCAUACUAUGCUGGGUGGCGGAGCACCCCUCAGUGAGCCGCCUGGCCAUGAGCACCGAGGGUGCCCACUGUAGCGAGGCAUCCUUCCGCGCAGUGGUGGGAGCGAUGCAGCGCAAGCCCUCCCUCGCAUUUGAUUUUGGUUACCGGUCGAGCAGCGACCGCUUGUGGCCCGAGCCACCCGCCUUCGAGCCCUGGAAGGUGUCCACACCGUUCUAA